UGGCAACUUUGUGGAGCCAUUGCAGCCGCGCUGUGCACCUCACAGACGCUUGGGGAUCGAUUUCCAGCCCUGCACAUCCACCCCAGCCGGUGUGCCGAACGAUUAGGCCAGCGAGCACACAUACAGAGCAGGCUGCAGGCAGUGCAGCGCAGGCAGAGCAACCAUGCGUCGCCUAGCGCUGCUCUACGCCAUCGCCGCGACAAGCGCCUGGCAGCCGAUCCGACCAAAAGCAAUAACACGAACGAAACGCCACAUGGUCACCGUCCCCUGGCUGCCCGCGUCGAAGCCGCGACGACGACGCGAAGGCACGCUCGCAUCGGCCAUGACCAAGACGGCCAAGCGGAUAUUUCUCCCAACUACCAUAAUAAGCACGGUAGCUUAUAUAGCCUUCGCGCCUUUAGCUCAAUUCACGCACAACGUGCUCGGGAGAAAGACGGCCAUGUUAAUAGGCAAUUCCGACCUAGCCAAGACCGUGCCCGGCGUGCUAGGUCUCCUCUUCUCGGUGGUCGCAUCGAACACCUUCACCGCUCUAUAUGAACAGCAGGAGGCGGCGCACCUCGCGGUCUAUGCGGAGGUGUCCUGUGCCCGUUCUUUACUGGAGCAGCUCGUCCUGGUCCUGGGCGGGCCGGGCGAGCCGCGGUGUCGCAGCGCCCUCCGGGCCUUCCGGCGCUACGUCGGCGACCUCGAGCAGGACGUCGGCGACCCGCGGCGCGGGCCCGCCAAGAGGCUCACGAUCGGCGCGCCCGUUUGCAGCGGCGUCCUUAACUUAUCGGGUCGCGGCGUAACGUAGAUGCACACAGGUCAACACGACCCAAAUCGUUUUUCGGGAUCCCCUCGAGGAGCUGCUCUACGCGUCUUCUGUGGGCCUGCCGUCGACGCACGUCUACGAGUCCGUCAAGGACGCGCGCGCGGCGCGAGCUCGACGGUUAGGUGCCCUGCAGCGGAAGCUUCCCGGCGUCCAGUUCGCACUGUUGUACACGCUCGGGGGCGGCAUCCUCGCUUCAUUCGUCUUGGCGGUGGCGGGCUACGCGCCGGGCGUGUCCGUCGUCUUCGAGGCGCACGGGUUCGGGGCCCUGACCUUCGCGCUCGUGGCGUGUUUGCGGGUGCUCCGGGAUAUUUGGGACCCGACGUCGGGCGCCUACUCCGUGUCGGCGGUCCUCGAGACGAUGACCGAGGGCUUGGAGGACGAGUUGGACGCGCUGCUGGCCGGUUCGUCGGAGUCGGAGGGCGAGGCGGCGCUGGCGUACGGGGUGAUCUGACGGAGCCGUCGGUUCGCCGCGGGUGAUCUGACGGUGCCGUCGAGUCGCCGCGCGGGGUAAGUAGUUGUUCUAAACGCUCUCUGGCGACGACCGUACCACUGGCUACGCGUACAUAGGGCGCUGAACGGUGUAUGGACGGUUGCUGAAUUAAUUUUUGCGGGUCGGCCUCAUGGUAGCUUCAGUCAGAUUUGGGAAACAGGGCAAAAGCGCGGCCGCGGCGUCGUCAUUUUCACAUUCAAACGUCGCCUGGACGUGUCGGUUUGCAACGGGGUCGCCACGGCUUUUCUCGCUCUCGUACUGCUGGUCUCACUGUGUCAUGUAACCUUCACGCCCCGCGCGCGCCGCAGGCUAUCACG